AUGACAGGUGAACAUGACUCACUCAUGUUCACCUUCAUGACAGGUGAACAUGACUCACUCAUGUUCACCUGUCAUGAAGGUGAACAUGAUACACUCAUGUUCACCUUCAUGACAGGUGAACAUGACACACUCAUGUUCACCUUCAUGACAGGUGAACAUGACACACUCAUGUUCACCUUCAUGACAGGUGAACAUGACACACUCAUGUUCACCUUCAUGACAGGUGAACAUGACACACUCAUGUUCACCUUCAUGACAGGUGAACAUGACACACUCAUGUUCACCUUCAUGACAGUUAUUCAGUGCCUUCAAUUUCACAGGAAACGUGUCUUCAUACUGGGUCCGUCACAUCAUGUUCGGUUAUCUGGGUGUGCACUAUCUUCUCUAACCAAGUAUCGAACACCUCUUUAUGAUCUGAUAGUUGAUCAACAAGUCUACAAUGAGCUGUAUCAGACGGGCCACUUCGAGACUAUGACUGUGUCUGCUGACGAAGACGAACACAGCAUUGAAAUGCACCUCCCCUAUGUAGCGAAAAUUAUGGAAGAUUUCCGGGACCACUUCACCAUUGUCCCAAUCUUAGUGGGAUCACUGACGCCUGAACGAGAGAUACUGUAUGGACGUCUUCUUGCACCGUAUUUAGCCGACCCUCAAAGCUUGUUUGUGAUAUCUUCGGACUUCUGCCACUGGGGACAGCGCUUCCGAUACACAUAUUAUGACCGCUCUGUGGGUGAGAUUUGGCAGUCUAUACAAAAGCUUGACAAGCAAGGAAUGAAUUUGAUUGAGACGUUAAACCCUAGUGCCUUUACCGAGUACCUGAAAAAGUAUGGCAACACUAUUUGUGGCCGACACCCCAUUGGCGUCUUGCUCAAUGCAGUUGCAACUCUACAGAAGACAAGCAAUGGGCACCGAAUGUUGCUCAAAUUCUUGCAGUAUGCCCAGUCAUCACGCUGCUACACUUCUUCAGACUCUUCUGUAUCCUACGCAGCAGCUUCACUUAUAUUUGAGUAAACCAUAGGUGCCCAUAAUGAGGUGCAUUAAGGAGCAGGGAGUAUGGGUUUAGAAAAUCUCAAAAAAAAAAAAAAAUGAAAAUUAAAUUUGUUGGUAUUCAGCUUUGAAAAAAUUUAGAAGACUGAUAAUAUCUGCAACUUGAAUGAUAAUAUCUGCAAUUUGUUUUAUAGGAUUUAUAUGAUGUAAAAACAUCCCUCUGUAGGUUUUAUCAUUAUUGCCAAACUCCAUGCUCCCAAAAUGCACCCUCAACCAGGGCUGGGGGGCUGGUUGCUUGGUUGGCAGUACUUGUGUACAGUAUCUGUCCAGAGAACAAGACAUCUAACCACUCGGACAUAGUGAAUAUUUGCCCAGUGACCAAUCUUAGAUAAUAUGCAAUUCAAAUGGCCUCUUAUCCCUGUGGAUUCAGUUGAGCACCUAAAGUUUGGAGUCUGAUACCUGCACUUUAGAACCGAAAAGUUUGUUCUGUUAUUUGGACAUUGACAUUUACUGUAAUUACAGAUUUGCCUUAGAAAAUAUUCCUUAAAAUUUUUCAUUAGAUUUUUACAUUGGGUUAGGCUAAAUCAUAAGUUCAGAACACCUCUGGUCCCGAUUAAUCCAAACCCUCGGUGCUCGACUGUAUUGCAUUAUAUGCUAAGAUUGUUGAUUGGGCCUCACAUUUUUGUUUUGGUGAUUUGACACUCAGGGCCAUUUUAUAACACGUGCUUGUAAUGAUAUACUAAUGUAUGUGUAGGUUAUUAUUUGUUUUCAAAUAGUAACUACCUUUUCUUUGAAUAUCAAGUAAAAUAGCCCCCCACCAAUGUCUCCUGUGAUGCUUUGGAAUAAAAGAAUGUUCAUUUUGGAUUUAAGGUCUUGUAAAUGUUUCAACGUGGAGUCUCAUAACUGAUCCAUGAAAUAUUGGCUUCUGGCUUCUCAGUAAAUUAGGGUAAUGAAAAUUUCUUAUGCAGCUACAAUUCAAAAAAAAAUAUUUAACUUAGGAUUUGUCUGUUCAGUUUUGAAUUUUCACUUGUGUUGGCAAAUUUAAUCUUUUGCAUAUAUUUAAUCAUUACAUUUAAAGUGAAAUAAUUUUGAUAACUCUUAGUUUACAGAAAAGUGUAUUUUGCAUGUAAAGUUCAGAACCAGUUUAAAUACUUUCAUAAGGUAAUGAUGGAGCUGCCCCAAACGCAUUCUUUGGUUUCUUGGGAGCUGUACCGAGCCUACGUCUUACACAUUUCCUCAACAGAUAUCAAUUGUACUGGACAAUUUAGCAAUUACUGAUUUACAUUUAACACCUAGUUUAGUUUUCAACAUGUCUAACUACAGUAUAGCCCAGCCCUAUGUUAAACUUUGCAUGUAGGAAUUUUUAGACUUUGGAAAUAUAUAUUCUGUACACAUGAAUGUUUGCAUAUGUAUGCAUGGUGCCUGUAUAUAUGUAUUCCUGCAGGUAUGUGUUUAUGUGCAUGCAGUCAUGGUGCUCAUGCAGUCACAUACAGAUGCAUACAUACAUAUAUAUAGUGUGAAUUAAUAUAUAUGACUGCAAUUAAAUUGGCAAUUAAGCUCCUUAUUAAUAAACAUUUCAACUUUUAUGGAAAAUUGCCCAAAAAAGCCUGAGUAUUAUGUAUGGCAUUUCCUGUUGUAGAGGAAGGUGGCUUUUGAAUGAUGUUGAACACUGAAAUUAAUUAACUUUUGGGUUACACUACAGCAUUUCAGUUGUAACAUAUUACAAUAUAAAGAAUUAAGACAUUUGGUGCAGUGUAGAAUACCAUUGUUGAAUAUUGUAAACCAGUUGAAGCAUCCACUUCACUUCUGGGCUUGGCUGCACACUUUUAAGCAAAUAAAUUGUACCUUAAAAGGUGUGAGAGACACAUUUUGUGCUAUGUUUGCAACUUAAGUGCAUGAACUGUAGCUAAAUGAACAGUGGGUAUACUAGAUGGUCACUUUGUAAAAAUUGGGCAUCUGUAGUUUUACAUAUUUGUAGCUGAAGGUGCAGAGCUAAGCUUGUGGUGCUCCUUCUUCAGUAUUCAGUAUUACAACUGUUUAAGACAUUAAAUAAUGAAGAUGUGACAUGGUGAACUUAGCUCUACUCAUGUAGCAACAAAUAGGUAAUUACAAAUAAGUAAUAACAAGAUUGACACAGAAUAAGUGUCAUAUUACUGACUGACAAACAUAUCUACUCAAGGGGGUCAUAUGAAAUGCAUGUUGCUAUCAGUUUGAUUACAUUGCAGGUCAGGUGUACAAUUGUGCCGAGCUAAUUUAUGAGCAGAGAGAUAAGUUAGUCUCUCUUACAUGCUUUUUCUUCAGUUAAUUUUAAAAACCUGAUGAUGAUCUCUCAUGUCUCUUGCCACUUAAACAUUUUACAAUAUAAUGCAUAGAUUUCUCUUCCAAAUUUCAAAAGAAUUAUGUAUAGUAUUUUUGUAUAUCAGAGUUGGUUUUUCAGCAUAUAGUGCAUUUUUUGCAGAAAAUAUAAUUUAUUACAAAGUUUUUUAUUUUCACAUAUGAAUACUGUCCUUCAUUAUUAAGUAUGUGGGAUUUUGUCUCUAUCACAGUUGCUAUCCAAAUAUUGUUUUUGAUUUUACAAACAUUCAAUUUUUUAGGUGAAAAUUUUCUGUUAGAAAUGAGUUAAACGUAUUUAUUUUUAGUGCGACGGCCAUUUCAAAGAUUAUAGUAGUUUUAGUAACUGCUAGUGUUGAUUGGAUGAUGAGGAGUCUUUAAAUUAAUUUUCAUGGCUGGGACAUCACAUUGCAUAAAAAAAAAAAAAAAUACUUAGGAAAUGGUUUGGACCACACUGACAGCUUUCCUUCCCUUAUUAUCAU